CCUUCCUUCAUUUCCCUUGAUUUCUUUCAUUCCGAAGAAGAAAAACAUGGUUAAUCAGGUGGGUUUGGCAUUUCUCUCUGCUUCACUCGGCAUGUUGUUUCAAAGAAUGACAUCUCCUGAGGUGCUUCUCUUCAUAAAGGGAAGAAAACCAACCAAAGUGCUCUUAUGGAAAUUGAAGAAUGCAAUGCUGUCUGUGAAGGCUGUGCUUGAAGACGCGGAGGAAAAGCAACUUAUGGAUUCGGUUGUGAAAGUCUGGGUUGAUGAGUUGAAGGAUGUUAUCUACGACGCGGAGGACAUCUUGGAUGAGAUUGCUACUGAAGACCUGCAAAGAAAGCUGCAGGACGCUGAAUCUCCUACCUUGGUACGAAAUUUACGAAACUCCUUCUCUGCUUUGCUUGAGCAUUUUUUCAAAAAGGUAGAUAAAAAAGUUGAAGAGCUACUUGAUAGACUUGAAGAUCUAACAAAGCAAAAGGAUUGUAUGGGUCUACGUGAAGGAAUAGGAGUUGGAGGAAAACAAUAUCCAGAAAGGCUGUCCACUUCUUACGUCUCACAGUCCGACACUUUCGGUAGGAAUGAGGACAAGGAAAAAGUAAUUGACUUAUUGCUCUUGUCUGAUGCGAGUGGCAAUGAAAGGUGCGUGAUUGCCAUCGUUGGCAUGGGGGGAAUCGGCAAGACUACCCUUGCUCAACUGGCGUACAAUGAUGGUAGGGUGAAAGAACAUUUCAACCUUAAAAUAUGGUUUUGUGUUUCAGAAGAAUUUGCUGUACCCAAUGUAAUGAAAUCAAUUAUAGAACAGUCUGCAACUUCGUCAGCUCCUUCUAGUGAGGAUCCAGAGCAGCUUCAAGUUAUGCUAAAGAAGAAUUUGACGGGGAAGAAAUUUCUCCUGGUUUUGGAUGAUGUUUGGAGUGAGAAACCCUGUCAUCGGGAGUUCCUAAGCCAACUCUUGCACUAUGGGACUCGAGAAAGUAAGAUCCUUGUCACCACAAGGAACGAAAGCGUUGCAUUGGCCAUGAAGGCAACUGCAACUCAUCAUCUAAAGUUUUUACCAAAUGAUGAUUGCUGGUCCCUUUUUGAAAAACAUGCAUUUCGUGAUGGCAGCUCCAAUGCAGAUCCAGAGAUAAAAGACAUAGGUAGACAAAUUGUGAAAAAGUGCAAAGGUCUACCUUUAGCAAUCAAAGCCAUUGGUGAUCUCUUGUGGUUUGAAUCAAAUGUCGAGAGAUGGAUGAAUAUAUUGAAGAGCAAUUUAUGGGAUCUUCACAUGAAGGGGACAGACAUUCUUCCGGCUUUGAGGUUAAGUUAUAAGUAUCUCCCCUCAUAUUUGAAAAGAUGCUUUGCUUAUUGUUCGAUAUUUCCAAAAGAUUAUAAUUUUAAAAAAGAUCAAUUAGUUUUAUUAUGGAUGGCGGAAGGUUUCUUGCAACAAUCUGAAAUAGAAACUAUGGAAGAAGUUGGCAAUCGUUACUUCGAUGCUCUUGUAUCAAGAUCAUUAUUUCAACAAUCACUUGAAACUUAUGAGUCAGGUUUUGUAAUGCAUGAUCUUGUCAACGACUUGGCAAAUUUUGUGACUGGGCAAUUUGGUUUUAUGCGGUUGGAGGGUGAUAAUUCAAAAGAAAUUGGGAGGAUGACUCGCUAUUUAUCGUAUUUCCAUAGAAGUUCGGAUAACUUUGAUAAGAAUAUUGAAGAGGAUCUUUACAAGGCUAAGCAGUUGCGCACUUUCCUAGUAUCAGAUUGUAAGGAAUGGAGUGAAAUCAAAAUGCCAAGGGCAUGGUGCUUAAAAGUUCUUUCUCUAUCCAGGAGAAUGCAGCUAAUUGAGUUGCCUGAUUCAAUUAGCAAAAUGAAACAUCUACGUUAUUUGGAUUUUUCUGAGUGCAAGGAUAUUAACAGAUUGCCCGACUCCAUAUGUGUGUUGUGCAAUUUGCAAACGUUGAAGUUAUCGAAAUGUUGGAAGUUAGAAAGAUUGCCAAGAGAUAUGUGGAAACUCAUUAAUUUACGUCAUCUUCAAAUUGAUGGAACUAAACAAUUAAAGGAGAUGCCGAUACAAAUGGGUAGAUUAAAAUGUCUCCAGACGUUAUCCAAAUUCAUUGUCAACAAACAUGACAGCGGGUCUAGCAAUAUUGGAGAAUUGGGAAAUCUAAUAAAUCUUCGGGGAAAUCUUUUAAUUCAAGAGCUCCAAAAUGUUAGAUCAGCCAAGGAUGCUUUGGAUGCAAACUUGAAGAAUAAGCGUUAUCUCGAAGAGUUGGUGUUAGAAUGGAAUACUCUAGAAGAAGUACUUGGUAUUUUGGAAGAUGUAAUUGAAAAACUACAGCCCCAUGAAAAAUUGAAAACUCUCACCAUCAACUGCUACGAUGGGAGAGGUUUUCCUAAUUGGAUAGGACUGGAGCUUCAUUCAUUGUCUAAGUUGGAAUUAAUAAAUUGCAGAUAUUGUAGUGCCUUGCCACCCCUUGGGCAACUACCUUCUCUUAAUGAACUCUACAUUAUUGGGUUGGAUGAAGUUGUUACUGUGAAUCAAGAGUUUUAUAUAAAUAGUUGUUCUUUUCGGAAUCCAUUUGGAAGACUGAAACUUCUAUGGUUCGGGAAUAUGUUGAAUUGGGAAAACUGGUUUCAUUUGAAUGUCCAAAAUGAAGUCGAAACUUAUUCUAAACUCGAAGAGUUGCGUAUUGAGAAGUGCCCCAAGCUGAGAGGAAGGUUGCCUGUACAUCUUCCUUCGUUAAAAAAAACUUGGGAUUUAUGAAUGUCGGCGUCUAAAGGCUUCGCUCUCCAUAGAAUCUUUCCCAGUACUUACCCCUAAGGGAAUAACCAAGUGUGAUAAUUUGGAAUCAUUUGCACUUCCUGAACAACAUAAACAUGAUGGAAUAGUGGACUUUAAUAAUUGUCUUCAAGAACUGCGAAUCUAUAGGUGUUCCUCGCUCAUGUCCCUUCUCAAGGAAGGUUUACUCUCUCCAUUGAAAGUACUUGAGAUCGAUGAUUGUGAUUCUCUUGUGUCCUUUCCAUUAGACCUAUUUCCAAAUUUGAAGAGUAUUCAAAUCAAGAGGUGCGGGAAUUUGAAGUCUUUGGACAAUGAGGGGUUUCAAAACCUCACCUCCCUUGUACAAUUGAAUAUCAGUGAAUGUCCAGAGCUCAAGAACAUGCCAGAUGGGGGCUUCCCUGCCUCCCUACGUUUUUUAGGGGCAUGUAAUUGUCCUGUGUUGAAUGAAGAGUUGAAAAGGAAAGAAGGAAAAGAAUGGCCCAAGGUGGCUCGCGUCCCCAACAUAAUUAUUGAUGGUCGACACGUUCAAGGAGAUGAAUGGCCAGCUUGCAUAAGUCCAUGUGAUCAAUUUGGUUCAAUGGACACGGAGUCCUACCAUAGGGUACCGGCCCAAUAUGAUCAUGAGCCGGACAAUGUGGUACCGGACCAAUAUACUCGUGAGCUGGACAAUUGUGUUGUCAAGUUCGCGGAAUGAUGGAAUAGUGGACUUUAAUAAUCAUCUUCAAGAACUACAAUUCUAUAGGUGUUCCUCGCUCAUGUCCCUUCUUAAGGAAGGUUCACUCUCUCCAUUGAAAGUAUCUCUAUUGAAAGUACUCGAGAUCGAUGAUUGUGAUUCUCUAGUGUCCUUUCCAUUAGGCCUAUUCCCAAAUCUGAAGAGUAUUCAAAUCAAGAGGUGCAGGAAUUUGAAAUCUCUAGAACAACAGGGUGAUCAUUUAGUGAUAGAUAAGAUGCACAUAUUCAUUCCAUCUCUUCGUUAUUUGGAAUUAGUAAAUUGUCCAGAAGUUGAGUCGUUUCCAAAAGGGGGAUUGCCUUCCAAUCUGAAGCAAAUUGUGAUCAAGAGGUGUAAGAAACUCAUUGCAAACAUGAAUGGAUGGGAUUUGAAAAUACUCUCCUCUCUUGAAUGGUUGGAAAUAAUUUGGGACGUCAAAUUAGAAGAUCAUGUGGAGUCCUUUCCUGGGGGGUUGUCUCUGCCCACCACUUUGACCAAUCUUAAGAUCUCUUCAUUUGGAAAUUUGAAAUAUUUGGAUGAGGGGUUUCAAAAGCUCACCUCCCUUGUACAAUUGAAGAUCGGUGAAUGUCCAAAGCUCAAGUACAUGCCAAAUGGGGGCUUCCCUACCUCCCUUAGUUUUUUACAGGCAUGGAAGUGUCCUUUGUUGAAUGAAGAGUUGAAAAGGAAAGAAGGAAAAGAAUGGCAAAAGGUGGAUCGCGUCUCCAACAUACUUAUUGGUCUUGAACACAUUAAAGGAGAUGA